AUGGGGAUAUAUUUUAGAAGAAGUGGAGCCAAAGAGGGGAAAGAGGACGUGGAGGUGGUGACAAUCUAUUAUUUCUUCAUUCCCAACAUCCCCAGCCAAGGUGUAAUUCUUAUUUCAAGUUUAUUUGCCUUCAAGCUUCCUGUACUUCUCAAAACAGUAAAAAUAGCUGACUUCAGAGGCCAGCAAACUGCAUACUUAACUACCCGGCAGAAGAUAAGUGUUUUGCAGAUUUAUCUGGACAGAGAUUUCUUCUGCCAUCAGAUGUCUUUCUGCCUGACUGAACUGCGCUUGUGGUCUUUGAAGAAUACCUUACACAUUGGGGACAGAGACAUCGGGAUUUACCAGUAUUACGACAAGAAAGAUCCGCCAGUGACAGAACAUGGUAACUUAGAAGAAAAGCAGAAGCUGGCAGAAUCACGAGAUUAUCCUUGGACGCUCAAAAACAGGCGCCCAGAAAAGCUUCGAGAUUCACUCAAGGAGUUGGAGGAGCUGAUGCAAAACAGUCAGUGUGUGCUGAGCAAAUGGAAGAACAAAUAUGUCUGUCAGCUCCUCUUUGGUUCAGGUGUGUUGGUGUCGCUAGGCCUUUCUGGGCCGCAGCUGGAGAAAGUGGUGAUUGACAGAAGCCUGGUGGGGAAGCUCAUCUCAGACACCAUCAGUGAUGCUCUUCUUACAGAUAGUUUUAUCAUCUUAUCAUUUUUGGCACAAAACAAACUAUGUCUUAUUCAGUUUACCAAGAAGAUAGGUUCUCCUGAUGUAAACAAAAGACUGGAAAAACUCUCAGCCUUGGAUUAUAAGAUUUCCUAUUAUGAAAUACCUGGCCCAGUAAACAGGACAACAGAGCGUCAUCUAGCUAUCAAUUGUGUUCAGGAUAUGGUUGUUUGCUGGUGGCCCCUGUACAGUGAUGAUGCUUGGCCUUGGGCCCCUAUUUCUUCUGAGAAGGACAGAGCCAAUCUGCUGCUCCUGGGUCAUGCUCAGGGAAGACUGGAGGUUCUGAGUUCUAUCCGGACGGAAUGGAACCCACUGGAUGUUCAUUUUGGCACCAAACAGCCUUAUCAGGUGCUCACAGUAGAGGGCUCCAUCAGUGGAGACAAAGAGCCCAUGGCUGACAGCUGUGUUUAUGAGUGUGUUCGGAACAAGAUCCAGUGUGUGUCACUCACCAGAAUACCACUAAGAUCGAAGGCCAUCAGCUGCUGCAGGAAUGUUACUGAAGACAAACUGAUUCUAGGCUGUGAAGAUUCUUCGGUAAUUCUUUAUGAAGCUCACCGUAGAGUGACGCUCUUAGUCCAGGCUGAUCUUUUGCCUUCAUUAAUAAGCUGCCACCCAAGCGGCGCCAUUCUGAUAGUUGGCAGCAACCAAGGGGAGCUGCAAAUUUUUGAUAUGGCUCUGUCCCCUAUUAACAUCCAGCUCUUGGCUGAAGACCGCUCACCCAGGGCAACGCUGCAAUUCAAUAAAUACUUUGAUGUUGCCAGUAGUCUUGUUCAGAUGCAGUGGAUAGCACCUCAGGGUGUUUCUCAGAAGCCUGAAAGUGAGGACAUUUAUGAUCUCCUCUUCCUUAGGUUUGACAGAGGACCUUUGGGUGUGCUUUUGUUUAAAUUUGGUAUCUUUACACGAGGACAGCUGAGCCUGGUGGACAUAAUCUUCCAGUACAUUCAGUGUGAUGAGAUCUGUGAGGCAAUAAACAUCCUAAGCAGCAUGAACUGGAACACUCUGGGCCACCAGUGCUUUAUCAGCAUGAGCGCCAUUGUAAACCAUCUUCUCAGACAAAAGCUCACUCCAGAGAGAGAAGCACAGCUUGAGGCAAGCCUUGGAACCUUCUAUGCUCCAACAAGACCACUCCUGGAUACAACUAUAUUGGAAUAUAGAGACCAAAUCAGCAAAUAUGCAAGGAGAUUCUUCCACCACUUGCUCAGGUACCAGAGAUUUGAAAAGGCAUUUCUCUUAGCUGUUGACAUUGGUGCUCGUGACCUGUUUAUGGACAUCCAUUACCUUGCCCUAGAUAAGGGUGAACUGGCACUAGCUGAAGUGGCAAGGAAAAGAGCUAGUGACAUUGAUACAGAAUCAAUAACCUCUGGAGUUGAACUCCUGGGGCCCUUGGACAGAGGGGAUAUGCUAAAUGAAGCUUUUCUUGGUCUAUCAUUAGCACCUGAAGGGGAAGACACAUUUCCAGAUAACCUUCCUCCCUCUGGUUCAAUCCACAGACAUAUUAUUCAACAAAGAACACUGAAUGGCUCUUCUAAUAGACAAGUAACUGACAGAAGGAGUGAACUUGAAAAAGACACCUGUCCUGGAUUUUUGAUGACUAAGACCUGUAAUGCAGAAGAUAACAGUAUUCAAGGUAACCGAAGUAUUCAAAUUAUAACAGAAAAACCAAGUUAUAGCUUUGAAGAGUUUGCAGUAAAUAAAAUUAGAAAACCUGACCAUUUCCAGUUGGUAUCUUAUAAGACUGCUCUUGGUUGA